AUGCGUCCCACAACCGCCUCCCUCCUUAGUCUCCUCCCUGCCGUCGCCUCUCAAACCCUGUGCCCCCUCACGCCCUGCAGCGCGGUCCACGUCCUCCUCAUCCGCGGCACCAACGAGCCGUACCCAGGCCUGCAGCAGCCCAUCGCCGAGGCCAUCUGCAAGGACUGGGACUGCACGUGGGCCAACGUCGAGUACCAGGCCGUGUUCCACGACUACUGCGACUCCGUGGAGGGCGGCGUCGCCAACACGCUGAAAGCCGUGACCGACUACGCCACCCGUUGCCCGGACUCCAAGAUCGUGCUCUCCGGUUUCUCGCAGGGCGGACAAGUCGUCGGUGAUUUGCUCGGCGGCGGCGGCGGAGAGUUUAAGAGCCAGAAAUGUGUGCAGGAGACGAACGACGGAAUCGCUCCGGAGACCUUCCCCGGUGAUCACAUUGCUGCGGCUCUCAUCUGGGGCUCGCCGAGACACGUUGCGAACCAGACUUACAACCUGCUCGUUGGCGCCCGCAUGCAGUCGGGCUUCCCGAGGGAGGGCAGUCAGCUCGAGUCGCUGAACCGGUGGUCGGCCAUACUGCGUGAUUACUGCAAUAAUGAUGAUCCCGCUUGUUCCCAGGGUACCAGCUGGGAGGCGCACGAGAAUUACGGACAGAAGUAUGCCGAGGAUGCGGCUCAGUUUGUUAGGUUUAAGGCUUGCUAG